AUGGCAAUAGGUUUCGAAUCCGAUAGCUUAGCCACUCCCUAUAACUUGAAGACUGUCGUCUCGAAGGGCUUUUGCUCGACGGAGAUGGAAAUUGAUGAGGAUAGUGAAGAGACGGUAAUCGGAAACAGAGAUACCGGCGCCGGGAUAUCGAAACAUGCCACUUCUACUCCGUCGCCCCCACGUCGGAAACGCUUGCUUCUAUCGACAGAAAGCUCUUUUGUCGACAAUGUCCUCCCCUCCUUGGUACAGAAUCCCGAGAUCGAGUUACGGUUGAUCACGGACGAGCCUUCAGCGUCACUUGCGGGCAUGAACAAGGUACCACAUUACAUGGACACGGUGGAUAGCCAGACAUUCGAGAAAAAGACGGCUGCUAGGAGGUGGUUAAAGGCCAAGGCGGCAGAGCUUUGUGAAUGGGCUGAUAUGCUACUGGUGGCCCCUAUCGACGCUGGAACUCUGGGAUCAAUGCUUGGAGGUCUGACCAACACUCUGACUCUGGCCCUUCUGCGUGGGUGGAGGUCGUCGAAGCCUGUCGUUCUCAUUCCGGGUAUGACCGUUUGUGAAUGGGAACAUCCACUGAGCAACAAGCAGCUCAACGAACUUGAGCGAUUCUGGCCAUGGAUCAGUAUUGUCGCGCCAGUCCUGUUCAAAUCAAAAGGACCUGACGAGCUAGUCCAACUUCCUUGGGACGGUUUGAAGGAACUUCAUGGAACUAUUGAAAAGACACUUGGAUUUUCUUUUACAAACGACGCCUCAAAUAUGAGCCAAGCCGAUUAUGGACCAGCCAUACCGGCAGACAAGUCGGCCGGGGUUAUCACCCCGAUUUCGCGACAGUCGCAGCUCCGACUCAACAAAACCAAAGAAAACGGUGCACUCUCAUUACCACUGGAAUUAUGGUUGAACAUCUUCGAGAACAACCUGGGAGACUGGGAGACCGCCAAAGCUGUUGGUAUCCCUUCAAAUCUUCCAGUUCCCAAGGAGUGGCAAUGCCAUCUCCUGAAGAUGUCGGCCCCCGCGUCGCUAGAAUACACAAUCCUCCGAGGCUCAUUUGCAGCUAUCAAAAAGCGCAUCGAUGCAUUGCCGCGUUGGAAACCACUCUCCGAUCUCGCCUGCCAUCUCAUCUUCAAGUUCUCACGGACCGAUAUUCUCUCCUAUCUCACAGAAAACCACCUCGACCUUCUUUGGACAACCUCCCGCCUAACAAACCUCCCAUACCGCGCAUCAGCCAUCUACGGCAACCCCAACAUUCUCGCCUGGUGGCGCGACGCACCCGCACUCCCUAACAAAGAAUACAUCGCCGAUGCCAUGGAUGGCGCCUCCCGCGCAGGCUUCCUCAGCGUCCUCGAAUGGUGGCGCACCUCGGGCCUCGAACUCCGCUACACAGAACGAGCCCUCGAAGCCGCCAGCGCCGAAGGCCGCGUCCACGUCCUGGAAUGGUGGAAAAACGCCUCCACAACCGCACCGCCGACAAACCCAAUCCCGCUAAAAGUAGGAAAAUCCGUCCUUCUAGCCGCGCAGUCCGGCCACGCUGAGUCCCUGGCUUGGUGGGAUGCCUCGGGAAUCCCGUAUAGCCACGCCGAGUCCAUCGCCCGUAUCGCCAGCACGCACGGCCAUGUGCACGUCCUGCAACUAUGGCACAGACUCAAAGGCGCAAAGAUGAUUUUCGACUGCCAGGUACUCGUCGGACCAACCAAGAAUGGACAUGACAAUGUGCUCGAGUGGUGGCGGCGGAGCGGGUUGCGGGUGGAGUUUAAGACGUGCGAUAUCGAAGAGGCGCUUGAAGACGCGGAUCCGGUUUCUGGGGCCGAGGGAAGAGUUCGGAGGUGGUGGGCACGGAAUGGAUUGAAUUUGGGGGUUGGAACGAGUGAGUGGAUGAAGACGAAGGUUUUGUGUUCGUGA